AAAGAGCGGCAAAUCUGCUGCUUCUCUGAGGUCUUCUCCGUUUGCGCCACCGCCACCUGCAAAGAGGAAUUCCGUCUCUCUCUCUCUAACUCUUAAGGAAUAGAAUACAAUGAAGGAGAGAGAAGAAGAGAAUUUCGUGACGCCGGGUGAUAUACUGGGAAAAGCUCUAGAGCUGAAACCUGGCUACGGCGCUUACUUCUCGUCCCACGAUAAAGCCAUAUACGCCUCUCUCACUGGAUUCCGCUCUCUCACUCCUGCCCCUCCCGACUCCGACGACCCGAGGGCGACGGUGGAGGUGAAGGGUCACAAGGCACACGGUCCGGUGCCGGAGCCCGGAGUUGUUGUUACUGCAAGAGUUACAAAGGUGAUGGCUAAAAUGGCUUCCGCAGAUAUAGUAUGUGUAGGGCCCAAGUCCGUACGAGAAAAAUUCACGGGCAUCACUAGGCAGCAAGAUGUCAGAGCGACGGAGAUUGACAAAGUAGAAAUGCACUCCUCUUUCCGUCCUGGCGACAUAGUCAAAGCUUUAGUUCUGUCCCUUGGUGAUGCUCGAGCUUAUUAUUUGUCGACUGCAAAAAAUGAACUUGGUGUUGUUUCAGCAGAAAGAGUUGCAGGUGCAACAAUGGUUCCUAGAUGCAGUGCCCUCUAACAGGUCAAACUGAGCAUAGAAAA